AUGUCCGUCUUUUUCAAGGACAUAUCGGGGACAGCCACGAGGACUGACCGUGAACAAAGCGAUAACCCAGUCCGCGCCGGGGACGUGAAAAAGACGCUCGAAUCUCUGGGCCUGAGUGUCAGACCCGAGGAGUCGGCCGAGUACACGACGCUCCUUGCCGCCGUGCACGACUGCGCCGAACGCAUCUCUAACCUGCCCGACUACCAACCGGUACCGGACACGCAGCGGUUCCCCCGAAAAGACGUUCGUAUCCCCGACGAGUCGGAGCAGCUCUACGGACACGCAUGGGCGCACAAGUUCACCAUCAGCGGGGAAAAGGAAGCCGAGAUCCUAGGGAGCAAGACGGUCUGCAUCAAGGACUGCAUUGCCGUGGCGGGCGUACCCCAGUUCUUUGGAAGCGAUGCAUUCGACCCGUGGACGCCGACUACAGACGCCACGGUGGUGACGCGGUGCCUGGAGGCGGGCGCGUCAAUUCUCGGAACCGCCAACUGCGAACAUUUCUGCAACUCCACCGCGUCUUUCACCAGCGCCCAGGGCGUCGUGCACAAUCCACUCAAGACGGGAUAUUCUGCUGGAGGGAGCACGUCUGGCGGGGUGGCGCUCGUGGCCGGUGGGCACGUCGACAUAGCGCUAGGUACGGAUCAGGGCGGCAGCAUUCGCGUGCCCUCUUCGCUAUGCGGCUGCGUGGGCUUCAAGCCUACGCACGGUCUGGUACCCUACACGGGAAUCACGAGUGGUGACCCUAUCGACGAUCACGCCGGCCCCAUCGCGCGGUCUAUCGACGAUAUCGCCGCCUGCAUGGAUGCUAUUGCUGGGGAUGACGGCAUCGACGACAGGUCUCUGGGUGCCGGCGACCGGGCAUCGUUUCAUUUCCGCUCGCACGUGCAGGAUGCAGACGGCCGCAUGGACGGGGUACGCAUAGCUGUGUUGAAGGAAGGUAUCGAGAACGAGCUAGUGCAGCCGGGCGUGGCGACGGCCUUUCACGAGGCCGUGCAGCGGCUGAAGGACGUCGGGGCCGUCAUCGAGCCCAUAUCCGUACCGCUUCACAAAGAAGGCCCGUCAGUCUGGACCGUCCAGCAACGCAUCUCGGGCGCGGCAGGCAUCAUGGGCCGGGCCAGCGGCCGACGUGGACUGUACCUUACCGAGUUUGAGAAGACGCGUCUGCCGUGGACGCAGGCUCGCUUCGAUAAGCUGUUCCACUCGACCAAGAACACCGUCAUCAACGGACUGUACCUGACGGAGAGGUUCCCCGGCUUGUACGGCAAGACUGUCAACAUUGGCCGUCGCAUCGCCGACGCCUACGAGACAGUCCUGCGUGACUACGAUGCCGUCGUCAUGCCCACGACACCCUUCGUCGCUCCGAGGCAUGGAACCCGCGACUCCGUCAUUGCCUCGUUCGAGCCGAGCAUGGGCAUGACGACAAAUACCGCCGUAUUCAACAUCACCGGCCACCCGGCUCUCACUCUACCGGUUGGGUGGUCGGCUGCUCCCGAUGACGAAACGCUCCUCCUGCCUGUUGGCCUGCAGAUUGUCGGUGGUCUCGGACAGGACGCAAGAGUGCUCCAGCUGGCGCGGAACGUCGAGAAGAGAAUUGGGUGGACGGGGGUACCUCCCACUGUUGAUGAUGUCAAGCGUCGCCGAUAG